CAUAAAUACCGGGACGGCCGCUCGCCCGCGCACUCUGCCGGGGCUCCCGGGGCCGGAGCCAUGCGCGCCGCCGCGCUGGGGCUGGCGCUCCGGGCACUCUGGGCUCUGGCCCUCUCCUCCCUCUCCAACACGCUGGCAGUGAACAACAGCGGGCGGUGGUGGGGCAUCAUCAACGUGGCCUCGUCCACCAACCUGCUGACAGACUCCAAGAACGUGCAGCUGGUGCUGGACCCCAGCCUGCAGCUGCUGAGCCGAAAGCAGCGCAAGCUGAUCCGGCAGAACCCCGGCAUCCUGCACAGCGUCAGCUCCGGCCUCCAGACUGCCAUCAAGGAGUGCAAGUGGCAGUUCCGCAACCGCCGCUGGAACUGUCCCACCUCCCAGGGCCCCAACAUCUUCGGCAAAAUCGUCAACCGGGGCUGCCGGGAGACAGCGUUCAUCUUUGCCAUCACCAGUGCCGGUGUCACGCACUCGGUGGCCCGGUCGUGCUCGGAGGGGUCCAUCGAGUCCUGCACCUGUGACUACCGGCGCCGUGGCCCUGGGGGCCCUGACUGGCACUGGGGGGGCUGCAGUGACAACAUCGACUUCGGUCGCCUCUUUGGGAGGGAGUUUGUGGACUCCAGUGAGAAGGGCCGGGACCUGCGUUUCCUCAUGAACCUGCACAACAACGAGGCCGGGCGCAUGACGGUCUUCUCGGAGAUGCGCCAGGAGUGCAAGUGCCACGGCAUGUCGGGCUCCUGCACUGUCCGCACCUGCUGGAUGCGCCUGCCCACCUUCCGUGCCGUGGGCGACGUCCUGAAGGAUCGCUUUGACGGCGCUUCCCGCGUCAUCUACGGCAACAAGGGCAGCAACCGGGCGUCGCGGGUGGAGCUGCAUCACCUGGAGCCCGAGAACCCGGCCCACAAGCCCCCCUCGCCCCACGACCUCGUCUACUUCGAGAAAUCCCCCAAUUUCUGCACCUACAGCGGGAAGAUGGGCACGGCGGGCACGGCCGGGAGGUUCUGCAACAGCUCCUCGCCGGGGCUGGACGGCUGCGAGCUGCUGUGCUGCGGGCGCGGGUACCGCACGCGCACCCAGCGCGUCACCGAGCGCUGCAACUGCACCUUCCACUGGUGCUGCCACGUCAGCUGCCUCAACUGCACCAACACCCAGGUGCUGCACGAGUGCCUGUGAGCUGCACCCCGGGACCACCCUGCCCAGCCCCGGAGGGGGUCUGCGCCACACGCCCCCCAUGACGGGUGCCCGGCUGGAUUGAAGGCACCUAUGGGUGGGGGGGUGGAUGUGUCCUAGGGACCCCCAUCCUGCCGUGGGUGGGCUCAGUGCCAAGCACCUUCCCGGCCACUCCCCGGCUCCACGGGGUCACUUCUUGCUGUAAAUAAAAUAUUUAUUGUGGACGGUUUGGUGCUGCCGCCCCCACCCUGCUUCGCUGGCCCCAGGCCCUGUUUUUUAUAAUUAAAGAUAAUAAUAAUUAAUAAUAAUUAAUAAUAAUAAUGAUGCUUUGUUACAGGUGUCAUUGAUAGCCUUUAGAGAAGAAUAAAGAAUAUAUUUUUAUCAGUCCUGCCCUGAUUUUUGUCUGGGGGGGCUGGGGGAAGGAGGGGAUGAGCUGUUGGGGGGACACCAAUGUACCCCAAACUGUGCUGUCCACAUCCAUCUGUCCAUCCAUCACUUCUCCAUCCCCUCACCUCCCCAUUCCACAUCCAUCAGCCUCUCCGGCUGCUCUCUGUCCAUCUUCCUCCUCCUUCACUCCGCUCUCUGCCAUCCCCUCCCCGCAGACCCCCUUCCUCCUCCCGCUGUGCCCGUCUCCAUCGCAGCCAUUCCUGCCGCCGCUCCCGGCCGGGACGUCCAUCCCCACGGCUGCGGCGCCCAUCACCAUGGCACCUUGACUGCAGCAUCUCCGAUGCUGGAAUUUGCCGGGGCGGUCGGGCUGGUGCCGCCGAGGCCGGGAGUUGGGAGCGGCCCCGGGAGGUACAAGACGACAGACAGGGAAUGAGCAUCGUCCAUCACCGCUACCGGCCGGGGCUGACGGCUCCCCUCGGCUCCGGGGGAAAAGCAGGGCCGGGGGAGGGCACCGGGGUUACCGGGGCAGGGGCCAGAGGGGGCAGAGGUGGCCACUGGCCCCACAAACAGCCCUACAUCCGUGCGUGACCACAAGAGAAAUGUUGUGGCAAAGAGGGGGUGCAGCUCCGUGGUUGGCAGGUGUUCUGCUGGCAUGGAAAUCCUCCUGGGAUGGGCAUCUCUCUGGGACAGGCUUUCCUCGGGAUGGGUAUCCCUCUGGAAUGGGCAUCCCGUCACAAUGGGCAUCCUCUUGGGACAGUCCUCCCCACCGGGAUGGGAAUUCAGCAUGCAGGACAUGCCCUGAGAUGGGUUUUUCCCUGGGAUAAGCACCCCAAAGGGGUGGGCAUAUCCCCAGAAGGGGCAUCCUUGGGAAGGGAAUCCUUC